AUGACUGUCAGGCCACUACCUUUUCUCACGGGGCCAGCCCCAAGCCCUGAUACGGCGGCUGGCUUCAAGCCCAGCCCGCCCACAGGCAACCUGGUUUCCGUUUCCCCCCUGUCCAGGGCCCAGAUGGCGCUGUGGUUCGACUACCUGCAGCACCCAACCUCUACACACUACUUCUUGACCCUCAAGGUUGAGCUGGACAAGCAGCCUCUCAGCCUGGACAAGAUUAUACAAGUUAUCCGGGGCUUGGGCAAGCAACAUGCCAUGCUGCGCACAACCUUCCACGUCGAUACAGAUACAGAUGACAUGUCAAAGUCGUACAUGGCCGUCCACGAUGAUUCGUGGGACCAGGAGAUCCACGUCCUGAUGAACGACGCUCAGCUUUAUGAAGCGCUACGGCGGCCAUUCCAGCUGUCCUCGGAUUCGCCCGUCCGCUGGGUUGUCCAGAUGAAGCUUCAGCCUGGCAGCGCUCAGAGCACCUACACUGUCUUCGCGGCGGGUCAUCAUAUCGGCGUGGACGGGGCGUCCAUGAGCGUGCUGUCGAACCAGCUCCUGGAGGCCGUGGCAUCUGAGGUUGAGGACCAGGCCGACCACAGUGGCCUCCACUAUGGGGACUAUGAAGGAUAUCUGCGCAGUUCAUCAGGUGCGGCGGCUGGCAAGUUCUGGCUCUCGCAAUUGCAACACACUCAGCCGUUCCGGUGGCGGAUGGAGCCGCCAGAAGAGAUCAGCACCCCAAACUACCGUCAGCUAGACACCUGGAACUUUUUCCCAACCGCUCAAAUCCAGGAAUGGGGCAACCUAUACAAGACGUCCUGGUUUCGCGUGGCUACGUCCAUAGUGGGGCUUGUCACUGCGGCCAUGGCUGAGCCCCAAGCCCACCACGACCAUGCUCUAAUGGUGGCGUUUGGUGCCAGGCCCAAAGGCUUUGAAAACAACGUUUCACACAUGGCCAACACAAUGCCCGUCAAGUUUCCCCUGUCGUCGCUGCUGCGGGACGACGCCACCUUUUCGGACGCGGUCAAAGCCAUGGGCCGCAACGUUUCCACGGCCAAAAAGUAUGAAAACUUGCCAUUCAUGUGGCUCAUGGAGCAGGCAAACCGGCAGAUGGACCCCAAGCUGCUGGACUUUAAAGUGGCCAUAACAUACUCGCCUAAACUUGCCAACAAAAGCUGCGAGCUGUUUCCCGUGGAGGGUAUAUGGGACCUGUUCUUUUGCUUCCUCGAGCAGGAGGACGGCGUGACCCUGGGAGUCAUCAGCAACCCGCGCGUUUUCGGCGCGAAAGCUCUCGGCCAGCUGCAAAGCUUGUUCAACGAGAUUUUUGCGCUGUCAAAGGCCAGCCCAAGCUUUAAGCUGACCGACUUGGCUUUUUUGCAAAACAGGACGCCCUCUCGGUUCAUCUCCGGCCCGGCCCUGAACGACGUCGAAAGCAUCAGCAAGUCGAGGGUUUACCGGCUGAUCAAGGCCAGAGCAGCGAGCCAGCCCGACCUUGUCGCUCUGAUGUCGGCGGAAAAAAGUGUUCAAAUGACGUACCGCGAACUCGCAGCUCAGAGCAGCCAAGUAGCCCACUUUCUCCAAAAAAACCGUCUUGGCAAGGGCGAUGCAGUCCUUGUCCACCUGGAACGCGGCUUCGCCCAGAUCGUAUGGAUCCUCGGCGUCAUGGAGGCGGGUGCCUGCUAUGUAGCCCUCGACAAGACCUGGCCCGCAGCCAGGAAGGAAGCCAUCCUAAGGGCGGCCAAAGGAAAGCUGUUGGUCACGGACGACGAGAAAAUGGACUUUGAGAAACAAGACACGACCGUCGUGUUCCUUGCGCAGUCCGCGGCCGAGAUAGCCAGCAUGCCCGAGAGCACUUGCGAAUGCGAGGUUGCAGAUGACGAUCUGGCCUAUGUCGUCUUCACAUCGGGGUCCACAGGCCAACCCAAGGGCGUCAUGGUCGAGCACUCCAACCUGAGCCACUACGUCACCGCGACGCGCAGCUUUGUCAAGAUCGGACCCCAUUCUCGCGUGCUGCAGCUCGCGUCCUUUGCCUUUGACGCCAUAGUGCUCGAAUACGCGGUCACCCUCGCCCAUGGCGGUACCCUGUGCUUUGCCAACCACCCAGAGGUGCUGGUAGGCGAGUACCUGGCCGACGUCCUCGACAGCAACCAGGUCAACUUCUUCCACUGCACACCUUCGGUCUUGUCGACCCUUCCGGCAGGGAGGCGGCUGCCCUCGCUGAGAACCGUUUCCGUGGGAGGUGAGGCCUCGCCGCCUGGCCUGCUCGACCAGUGGAGGAAGAGAGUGGAACUGCUGCACGCGUACGGCCCGACCGAAUGCACUGUGAUCUGCACACUGGAAAGGAUUUCCGAAGACGAAUCGACCCAAACCGCCAUCGACGCCACCGUCAUCGGCAAGGCGCUGCCCAACUCGGACAUUCGCAUAUGUGAGGAAGGCAAGCUGGAGCCCCUUGCACCCAACCAAGUCGGCGAGAUUUGCGUCGCCGGACCGCAGGUCACCCGUGGGUACGUGGGCCAGGAAGAGCUCACGGCCACCAAGUUCCACAACAUCACUCUCGCCGACGGCUACCCGACCCGGCUCUAUCGCACUGGCGACAAGGGUUUCAUUGACGAUGACGGCAAGCUGCACAUUCAGGGCCGGAUCGGAAACCGCGAGAUCAAGGUCCGGGGAUACCGACUGGACCUGUACGAGGUGGAGAAGAACGUGAUGGCUUUCGACCCCGAAGUCACCCAAGUGUCGAUCCAGCAAGUUGGAGAGUCCUUGGUGGCACUCGUGGUGCCCGCCUCGGUCGACUGCGACCGCAUCCGCAGCAAAUUGCUGAAGGACAUGCCCCGUUAUGCAGUGCCCACCCGUUUCAUCCGAAUCGCGAGCCUGCCGCUGAACAUGAACGGAAAAAUCGAUCACGCCCAGGCCAGCAGUCUUGCGGCAGAGCUGGUGAUGCAAGAUGCCACCCCUACCCCUACUGCUGUACGAGCUGUCGGCGUGACGGAGGAGAACCUGAGUCUCAAGACAAACGAAAAUGGCCUGGAAAGACAGGAGAUGCUUCGCAGGCACCUCACAGCUGAGGUCACAGACUUGUGGGCCAAACUUCUGGGUUCUUCUCGGCAGUUCGACCCCGAAGUCGGAUUCUUCGAUGCUGGCGGCCACAGCCUCUUGUUAACCCAGCUUCACAAGAUGAUCAAGGAGCGUUUCGGCACGGGGUCGCGACCCAGCCUCUUGGACAUCUUUAGCAUGAGCUCGAUCCGGAAACAGGUCGACUGCCUUUUGGGGAUUGUGGACCAGGAUGCCAUGCUCGGAUCGGAGCCCACUGUUAGCAGCUCUCGGUCGCAAUUCAGACGGUCGGCAGAAACCCCCUCUUCUCCCAUCAGCGCUCCAAGCAGCGCUCCUGUCGACACCGACAAGGACCUAUACGCCAUCGUGGGCAUGUCGUGCCGGUUCCCCGGCGCCACCACCGCCGAGCAGCUGUGGAACGUGCUCAUGGAGCAGCGCGAUACCAUCACCACUUUUGCACCCGCCGAAAACCUCGGCUUCGCCCUCGAGGAGAACAGCGUGUUCGUGCCGCGCUACGGCAUGAUCGACGCGCUCAAGGACUUCAAGCCGUCGGCGUACUUCAUGUCCGACACCGAGGCCCAGACCACUGACCCCCAGAAGCGCGUCUUCCUGGACGUGGCCGCCGACGCCCUGGCCGACGCGGGCACCUCGGCCAACCCCGGAAACCCGCUGGACCCUGUGGGCGUGUUCGUCGGCGCGGCCGCCAACACUUUCCUCUCCUCGUGUGACAACCCGGGGAGCAAGCCGCCCGGCGACGAGGAGCCGCAGUCCUUUGCCAACCACUACCAGCAGCUGCUCGACUGCCCCAUCGGCACCUUUGCCUCGUUCAAGCUUAACCUGACCGGACCGGUGGUGACGCUCAACACGGCAUGCUCGUCGUCGCUCGUCGCGCUGCACCUGGCCUGCGCCUCGCUCUCGCACGGCGACUGCAACACCGCCGUGGUGGGCGGCGUGUCCAUGGCCUACCCGCAGGAGGGCGGCUACGUCACCGCCCGGCCGGGCGGCGACUCGUCGGCCGUCUUUUCCCCCUCGGGCGUCUGCCACCCGCUCGACUCGCGCGCCGACGGCUGCGUACCAGCCGACGGCGUGGCCGCGCUGGUGAUCAAGCGUCUGGGCGACGCCCGCGCCGAGGGCUGCAGGGUGUACGCGGUGAUCGAGGGUAUAGCAGUCGGUGCCGAUGGGUCCGUCGACAAGGCUGGGCUGGGCGUGCCCAGCUCCUCAGGCCAGAGCCGCACCGUCGAGGCGGCGCUGCGCAAGGCGGGACCCCAGGCGCUGAACCGCCUGCGCUACGUCGAGAUGCACGGCUCCGGCACCCCGUGGGGCGACGCGCUCGAGGUGCAAGGGCUCAAGAUGGCAUUUGACCGCCUCCACAAGACUGGUGCCGCAGAGCAGCCCGGCAUGGUCCGGGCCCAGACAGAAGCGGACAGGAUUUACCUGGGCUCCAACAAGGGCAAUUACGGCAACACUGAGGCGGCCUCGGGACUGCUGAGCCUGAUCAAGGCGUCCAUGGCCCUUAACCUGGGCGUCGUGCCACCGCUGCCGAACCUGGCCGAGCCCAACCCCAAGUGCGAGUUUGAAGAGAGCAAGUUCGAGCCGCUCGGGAAGCAGCUGGCCCUCGCGCCGGGGGACCGAGUAGGUGUCACCAGUCUAGGUUAUGGCGGCAGCAAUGCGCACGUGGUCUUGGCCUCGGCGCAGCUUUUCGGGGUGGAGCAGAAGGCUUUCUUUUGA